AUGAUCGCUAAGAAGCAAAGACACUUUGUUGCUCUAAUGCUCAUUGUUCUCUUCAUAUUAUUUUCAUCCGCAUUCUACACAAAUUUUUCUUCCUCUGUUCUUCAAGCUAGUGGGACAAGUCAUGGAGCGUUCGAAAAUUCACCUUUCGAAAAAAUAUUCGUUCACUUGGAUUUGAAAGGUGCUCCACCCAAAUUAUCUUUCUAUGAACCAUUCUUCACUCUUUUGAAACAGCUAGGAGUUAAGGGUGUACUAAUUGAGUAUGAGGAUGCUUUCCCUUAUUACGGACAGCUGUCCAAGUUACCUAGAGAUGCUCACUAUUCGAAGCAAGACGUAUUCCAAAUACAGAAGGUUGCUAGGGUGAAUGGGUUGGAGGUUAUUCCACUGAUUCAAACGUUCGGUCAUCUAGAAUUUGUGCUGAAACAUGCGAUGUUUCAAGAUCUUAGAGAGAAUAUUGAGAAGGAGGAUAGUAUUUGCCCCUCGGAGGAACGUUCUAUUAGACUUAUUGCGCAGAUGAUUCAACAAAUGCGAGAGCUUCAUCCUUAUUCUGAAGCAAUACAUAUAGGAGCUGAUGAAGCUUACCAUGUCGCUGAGGACAGGAGGUGCAAGGAAAUGCUAGCUUCCUUAGGCCAAAAUAAUAGAGGAGUUGAACGUCUGAAACUGAGACAUAUUGCCAGAAUCGCGAAGUUAGCAUCCAGUUAUAAUUUUACCAAAGUUUUUGCUUGGAAUGAUAUGUUUGACAAAUCUUCCAUCGAAGAUAUGAAAAUGGAACAAUUAGGGAAAUUGAUCGUACCUAUGGUCUGGGGGUAUGCGCCAAAUGUGUUAAGAGAGAAUUAUUUUCCUCCUGGUCUUUUUGAAAGAUUAGUUGCAGUUUUUCCCAAAAUUUGGUUUGCUAGCGCUUAUAAAGGAGCGAACGGUGCCAACCAAACUUACAUCAAUGUUGAGCGCUACUCCACCAAUCAGCGUUCGUAUGUCAGACUGUACGAACAUUAUACAACUAUUCUACAAGAUUCUGUGGGUGGCAUUGUGCUUACUGGAUGGCAACGAUACAAACAUAGGUUUCCACUCUGUGAGCUGUUACCUACUUCUAUACCUUCGUUAGUUCAUAAUAUAUUAUAUCUGAACAAUGUUAGGCUAUCUCAGUCCCGUAUUGAUACAAUGACAAUGGAAGUUCUGAACUGCACCGGUAAACACCAGAGAAGGAACCUCCUACCUAUUCCGUUUCGGAAUUACACGUAUUUUCCGGAAAAAGAAAUGAUCUAUUCUUCUUGUCAGUUUUACGGUUCAGAUGUUUUCAAUAUUAUAAUGAAAGAUCUGCGUUUUUUACAUUGGAAAAGCAAUUACUUGUUGCCAGUAGAUAUUCCUCUAUUCCAAGAGGAAAUUCAGUCUCUGAAAAACAGAGUCUUGAACAUUUUCCCUAAUUAUUUUUUUAAGAGAGAUGUUGACGAAUUCCUCAAGCAAAACAUUGAAUCUCUUGUAUCCAAUUUUUAA